AUGACGCCGGUGACCACACCCUGGCUGCCUUACCACCCGAGAUACUGCCAGUAUAUAACUCCAGCCUCGGAGGCUUCGAAGCACCAGUCUCGACCGGCCUUUUCCGACCAUGAAGGAGCCUGGGGCGCCCUGCAAGCCAGCUACGGCGCCCCCAACACCGCCGCCCCUCCGGCCGCCCACGAGGGGUACGGCGACGCCAACUACGCCUUCAAGUGGGACGUAGAUGACUCCAGCUCAGGGAAUUUCUACGGCCAUCAGGAGGAGCGCGACGGAGGCAACACACAAGGCAGGUGCUUCUUGGCUUGCUGUGUUAUCUUGUAG